UUAUUUUCAUUUUCAUGUGCAUUACCUCAAGAACUCAUGACACAAGCCACCACACAAAUAAAAACAUAAAUUGAACGAAAUAUAAACACAAAUCUUCUUAAAAGUCUUUCAUUUAAGUUGUAGCAUUACCUAUACUGUGUUUGUCAAGUGGUUUUAUUUAGAAAAUUACCACAUGAAAAUGACAUUUUGUGAAUUUUAUAUAAAUAAACGUUAUUUACUGAUUGAAUCCACGUAGAUUUUGUUCACUUCGGCCUUUGCAUCUCACUUGUCCAUACAAUUUGCAGCGUACGGUCUUUUUCAGACGUUUAUUUCGAAAAUUCUCACCGGAAAUACUGUAUGUGCUCGUGCCUUGACGCUGUGAGAGCUCGAGCCUCCAGCAGCCUGCAACAGCAGCAGAAACGCCCUGCAUCCUCUCUCCUCUCCUCCAACAUCCAUCCACCGCCCGUGUGUCCCGACUCUCCUCUGCUCCUCCAGCCGCGGAGGAGCCACUCUGAGCGGGAAGGAAGACGAACCAAACCUCGCUGGAAGAAAUGGCCUUUUAGCACUUGAGAGAAUAACCCAGAAGAGACAUGGAUCCUUUGCCUUUUUCCUUCCUCCACCACCUCCUCCUCCCUCCUCCUCUUCGCUUCCCUGAGCUGCGUCCCCGCUUCUGCUGACAGGAGAUUCGGUUGCCUUUUUGAGAGCGAGCUGUGUUCUCCAUAUGAGAUCUGUGUCAACGAUGGUAUGUUUGGGAGGUGUCACUCUGUUCCAGUGAAGGAAGUUUACACCUACGAUGUCUCCCCGUCUGUAGUCCAACGCUUCAGGACGCUGCUGGAGAAGCUUUCUAACAGAGGUUUGACCUGGGAAGAUGACACCACUCAGCAGGUCCUGUCCAAGGAGUUAUCCAAACUGAGAAGGAUUCCCUACAGGCCACCGCAGAAUGGACCUGUCUACAACACCGACAGCAGGCCGGCAGCUGAGGCGAUGGACCCAGUAGACCAGAGGGUGAAGCCAGUGGAGGUGGAGCUCAGCAGAAAUCUGCAGAUGUACCUCCAACGUCUCGGCCUCCUUCCCAAAAUGUCGCCGGCCUCCAGUCUGAGCACCCAGAGCAAGAGUGACCGUUUCCAGUCAGGCAUACCUGCAGACUUCUAUCGCUCCAUCGCCCAGACUUCAGCUCAGAGGUCACCUCCCUCCAGCUUUUCUUCUCUUUCAUCUUUCUUACCUCUGCAGAAACAAAGACCUCCAGGCGACCAGCUCCUCCCCAUGCAGGGUGACUUUCUCCUGGGUGCCCUGAGGCAGUAUCUUUCCGGGCAUCUCUCCCUGCACCGUGGGGGGGUGAGCCCAGAGGAGCAGGAGGCCCCGUCGUCCCACCUGAGGCCCUUCUACAGCAACGGAAUAGAAACUUCUGGGCUCAAAAUAGAGACCCCAAAAUCCAGGCUUCUGAAGAUGGGAAGAACUCAAGGGGCUUCAGUCAAGGACCCACUGACGUCUGUGGAUGAGAGGUUCAUCAAGAAGGUUUUGAAGAACGCUGGCAGGCAACAUGUGGACGUGGCUGACCUGACGCCACAGGACUUGGACCAACUGUCCAGCCUGAUAGCUGAUGCUCUGCAGGUGGUUGACCAGGACCAGGGACUUAACAGGGGCCUGACCCGGGUUAGACCUGGACUGAGAGACCUGGGAGGAAAGCUGAGGGAUAGGGAGGAAGAAGUCGAGGAGACUGCCAGGGAUGAGGAAGAGGAAAAGUUGCUUGAGAAUGCUCCGACACUGAAACCACAGGAGAGUACUCCUAUAGUGCCGGCAGCACUUCAAGAGCGCCACACGGAUACAGAGGAGCAUAAUGUGAAGGACAAGCCUGACAGCGAAAACCUCUUCACUAAACUUCUCGCUUACCUGGACAAAACCUCCUUCAAUGCCUCUCCUUCAGCAAGAAAUGGGAACAGCGUUGCCAUGGAGACACCCAGUGGCCAACAGGUGGGGCUGGAAAACGUCCAGAGUCGGACCAGCGAAGCAGGGGUGACGGUGCAGAAGAAGGACGCCACCCAGUCUGUGGAGGAGGUGUCGGAGGUGGAGGGCUGGAUCAAGGAGGUGGCGCCCCCACCUGCUUCGCUUGUGUACGGGGAACCGCACAAGAAGACGAUGCACGUUCCCGAACUUCAGCUGGACGUGAAAGCCAACAGGAAGAAGGCCGACGAUGAUGUCUUCGGCUACGUCAUCACUGACACAGAUGGGCUCCAGACAGACGAAGGCCUCCACCUGAUGGAGAUCCUGGCUCGCAGGGCUAAAAUCCAGAUGACCAACUUCGCAGAACUCUCGGUGGUGGGCCCCGCUGUGACCUUCAAAGUGAGCCUGAACACUCAGAACGUCAGCACCGCAGAUGUGGCCAACGUGGCUGUUCAGCAGAAAGCGGCUGUGGAGAAGGAAGCCAAGCUCAGCAUCCUGGAGGCCGGGGUCACCGAUGGAAGCCAGAUCAACCAGAUCCCCACCAAGUACAGCCAGGCAGAGUCCACCAAGUUCCUCAUCCUCACUGUCGUAUCCAUCCUGUGCAUCGUCGGUGUGCUGCUGGCCUCCACUGUGGUCUACUGCCUCCGCCACCGCUCCCACCACAAGCUCAAAGAGAAGCUCACCAAUCUGGGAACAGAUACUGGCAGCGAUGCUACCACCACCUAUCAGGAGCUCUGUCGGCAGCGUAUGGCGGUCAAACCUCCGGCUGAGCGUCCAGAGCCCAUCUCCUCAAGGAUCAACAGCGUGUCAUCUCAAUUCAGCGAUGGCGGUCCAGCCGUCAGCCCCUCGGCCCGCAGCAGCAUCUCCUCCUGGAGCGAAGAGCCCGCCCACUCAAACAUGGACAUCUCCACCGGUCACAUGAUACUGUCCUACAUGGAGGAUCACCUGAAAAACAAGGACCGCCUGGAGAAAGAGUGGGAGGCGCUGUGUGCCUAUCAGGCAGAACCCAACACCUGCACCAUCGGCCUGAAGGAUGGCAACGCCAGGAAGAACCGCUCCACUGCUGUUGUGGCAUAUGAUCACUCCCGAAUCACCUUGAAGGUGGAGAACAGCCAAGGCAACUCUGAUUACAUCAAUGCCAGCCCGAUCAUGGAUCAUGAUCCCAGGAACCCAGCCUACAUCGCCACUCAAGGCCCUCUGCCCUCCACUGUGGCUGAUUUCUGGCAGAUGGUAUGGGAGAACGGCUGUGUGGUUAUUGUUAUGCUGACACCUCUUGUCGAGAGCGGGGUGAAGCAGUGCUACCACUACUGGCCCGAUGAGGGAUCCAACCUGUAUCACAUCUACGAGGUGAACCUGGUGUCCGAACACAUCUGGUGUGACGAUUUCUUGGUUCGUAGCUUCUACCUAAAGAACAUGCAGACCAACGAAACACGAACCGUCACUCAGUUCCACUUCCUGACCUGGCUAAACCAGAACGUCCCGGAGACCAGCAGGACGCUCCUCGACUUCCGCAGGAAAGUUAACAAGUGCUACCGGGGACGCUCGUGUCCUAUCAUAGUCCACUGCAGUGACGGAGCUGGAAGAAGUGGGACUUACAUCCUGGUUGACAUGGUCCUCAACAAGAUGGCUAAAGGUGCCAAGGAGAUUGAUAUUGCAGCGACUCUGGAGCACCUGCGGGACCAGAGGCCGGGAAUGGUUCAGACCAAGGAUCAGUUUGAGUUUGCGUUGACAACAGUUGCGGAGGAGGUGAACGCCAUUCUGAAAGCUCUUCCACAGUAGGAAGGAGCACCUCCUUCUGAUGGACCUCCUCCUCCUCUUCUUCCUCCUCUUCUCCUCCUCUACUGUCUCAUCUAGAGGAUGGUCCCUAUUAUUACUUCCUUAUGUUCCAGUCUCCCUUUCUUCCUUUGGUCCAAUUGAUAUUCAUUUUGUCUUGUCUUUCCUGUCCUCUCCUCUUUUCACGUUGUUUUGUUGCUUCCUCUUUUCUCCCCUUGUCUCCCAUCUUGUCCAAUUUUUACCUACCUUAUCCUUUUUACCUCCUUGUUUCCUGCUAACAUCUCUUCAUAGCUGGCCUCCUUUCCCUUCAUUUUAUUCUUUUAUGUCUGUCUCUUCGUUCAUCUAAUCUACUUCUCUUAGUUUUAUCCAAUCCUUCUCCAUUCUGUCUCCAUGCCAUCCAAAUGUCUCCUCCGUUCCUCUUCCUUAAUUUCCUCAUUUUAACUUUGUCCUUUCUCCUCUUUUUCCCCUUUGCUCCCCCCCUUCACUUCUUCUUAUCUCCUCCUCCCCUUCCAUCUUAGUAAACAUUGUGCCAGGAAACCGUUGAACCAAUCCUGUACAUAGGUAGUCCUUGCUUCUAUUGUAAUGAUCCAUGCAGCCUGUUUUCCAAAGUGACAUUUAAACACAUUUUGAUAGAUUGAUAAAAAUGUUUCUCUAUGUUCUGUUAAGAGUAUAUUUAUCAUAGUUUCUGUUUCUAGAUGACGGUUGACCUCAUGGGCGUCAGUUGGGUAUGGCAGGAUUUGGCACUUAGUAUCACAAUGUAGUUGGAUCUUAAAGUUCUGGCGAUCCAGCAUCAUGAUCUCCAGAAGUGAUUUACGCCCAAAAUCACUUCAAUCUAAAUCAAAAGAAUUUUUUUUCAGUUUUCUAUCAUUGUAAAUUGGAUAUCUUUGGGUUUUAGACUGUUGGUUAGGCAACACUAGCAAUUUGAUAGAAUAGAAUAGAUAUAAUAGAAAUAAUAGAAAAAAAAUCCAGACAUUAAUCAAUAAUGAAAAUAAUCAUCACUAAUGAUUCUAAUUACCCAUUCUAAUUUUCUAAUGAUGUUCAAUGCGAGUAUUUGCCACUUGGCCAUUUUACUGAAUUGACGCCUUUGUUUUGAAUGUGAGUGUGUGUGUGUGUGUGUGUGUGUGAUGUUGAUCGUCAUGUCUGUAUCACAAAAUUGUAUUUGUGUCUGAUUUUAGGACCAUGCUUUCUUAUGUUUUCAUGCAGUACACUAGAGUGUCACAGCGUAACUCAGCAGCGCGUAGUGUUGGCCAGUAAGGUAAAUAUGAGACAAAAUACUCUGGCUGAGGGUAAUUUUUCUUAACAGUAAGUGAAAAACUGCCAAUAGGGUGUUGUUUUAACUUAUUUUAAGAAAAAUAAAAAAGAUGCUGGUACUGAAUGUGAGGUUAAAAA